CAAAAGGAUACUACCUAUACCAAACUCUUUGUUGGUGGUUUGCCUUAUCAUACUGAUGAUGAUUCAUUACGUGGUUAUUUCGCAACUUUUGGCGAGAUUGAAGAAGCUGCCGUAAUUUAUGAUCGACAAACUGGUAAAUCCAGAGGAUAUGGAUUUGUGACUAUGGUGGACAAAGAAGGAGCUACUCGUGCAUGCAAGGAUACAAAUCCAAUUAUUGAUGGUCGUAAAGCUAACGUUAAUUUAGCUUACCUUGGCGCUAAACAACGUCCUAAU